AUGUACAUGAGUUACCUGCUGGAUAAAGAAACCGGAAUGUACUCAAAUUCCAUGAGACGCCAGACUCAGAACUUCACCAGUUAUCAUCACGUCACGGGCAUCAGUGACCCGCAUGCCCAGACGACAAGUCUGUGGAACCCCGUUUACGAAGCCCCGCUGGAGCAGUGGUCACAUUAUGGCCCCAGCGCGGGUUUCCCCGGUUCCAACCCUGUUAUGGAACAGAUACGUGACAGGUCCACUGAACUGACUUCCAUCUCGCCUGCCGGUCCCGGAAUCACUGAACUGACUUCCAUCUCGCCUGCCGGUCCCGGAAUCACUGAACUGACUUCCAUCUCGCCUGCCGGUCCCGGAAUCACUGAACUGACUUCCAUCUCGCCUGCCGGUCCCGGAAUCACUGAACUGACUUCCAUCUCGCCUGCCGGUCCCGGAAUCACUGAACUGACUUCCAUCUCGCCUGCCGGUCCCGGAAUCACUGAACUGACUUCCAUCUCGCCUGCCGGUCCCGGAAUCACUGAACUGACUUCCAUCUCGCCUGCCGGUCCCGGAAUUCUCCCGUCUCUCGAUUCACAUACCAGGCAGUACUCUCCAGACUCACAGAGAAGAAACUCGUACACUGGGAUCAGACGAAAUGUACAUUCAUCCAGCACUGGAGGGAAGACACGCACCAAGGACAAGUACAGGGUGGGGUACACAGACCAGCAGCGCCUGGAGCUAGAGAAGGAGUUCCAGUCCAGUAGAUACAUCACCAUCAGGAGGAAGACAGAACUUUCACUGGGCCUCAACCUCUCAGAGAGACAGGUGAAGAUCUGGUUCAAGAACAGGAGAGCCAAGGAGAGGAAGAUAACCAAGAAGAAGAUCCAGCUGUCCCAGCAGGCUUCUACGACCACUCCCACCCUGACCCCUCCCAUCCUGGCUGACCCCAGCAAUGGUUCCAUGGCAACCAGCUCCAGCAGCUUGUUGUCAGAGACGAUAUCAACGACUAUUAAAGAGGAGUACUGA